AUGACUUUGCGCAAAAACAGAGUUCUACUGAUUGGCAGCGGUGGCAUUGGUACGAUUGCUGCUCUGAACCUUGAAACAGGAGGUCUAGCUGAAGUCACGUCUGUCUUGCGUUCUAAUUACAAAGUCGUACGCAGCAAGGGAUUUACCAUCAGGUCUUGCCAGCAUGGCGAUAUUGAGAGUUGGCGGCCUACCGAAAGUUUGGACGCUAUCCCGAGCAGAUAUGAUGCACAGGGUCGACCGUUCGACUUUAUUGUCUGUUGCACCAAGAAUAUUCCCGACAUCAUUCCUACGUUAUGCGAUAUCAUUGCACCAGCGGUAACUCCCGGCCAUACAGCCAUCGUCUUGAUACAAAAUGGCCUCAACAUCGAAAGACCAUUUAGCCAUCAAUUUCAGAAUAACGUUAUUGUAUCAGGUAUCAGCAGAAUCGACGCCCACGAGCUCGCACCUGGUAUCAUCGAGCAUAAGCAGAACGACGUUCUACACAUCGGAGCUUUCAACAACCCGUCCUUGCAUUUCAAGGUACAAGAAAUGGCGGCGAAGCGCUUCGUAGAGAUCUACGGAAUGGGGGGCAAAACGACGUGUCUAUAUAAGCCAGACGUUAAUUUUGACCGCUGGAGCAAAUUGGUGUAUAAUGCUUCCUUCAAUCCGAUCUGCGCACUGACUCACCUGAACACCGGCGAGCUACAGAGAACAGGCAGAGCUGUGGAUACUCUCGUGAUACCUGCGAUGAAAGAAGUUAUGGCUGUAGCCAAAAAAGAAGGACACGAGCUUCCAGAACGUAUCAUAGAUGAUACAAUCAAAAGCAACCCGAUACAUGAUAACAUUACUCCGAGCAUGCAAAUAGAUCUUGAAAAGGUAAAGUCUUCACUCAAUGCAGAGAGUAGUCCAAAUCUAACAGCUGGCCUUUAG